GUUUUCCAAGAAGCAAUUAGUGUGAACUCUUCUUCCUUGGAGUUGUGCCAUAUUGCAGCUUCGUUUGAACUAUCUCAAGACAAUGCUGCAUCCGCUAUAUCUCAUCUAGUGAAGUGUGUCAGCAGACUGUUUGAAUCUCAUCAACUGCCAAACAAUCCCAGUGCUAUCGACUUAUACGGUCAGGUUCUUGGGCAGUCAAUUUCAGUAGAGAAUAAACUGCCGACUGUUACAAGUGACAUCAUAGCAGAGGGUCAAGUUUACUUGUGGUUGAAUUACACUCUGCUAUUGGAAUUGUAUGGUGAUUAUAGUGGUGCUAUUGAGGCCUAUGAGACAGCAUUAUACGUGUUGAAAAACAGCCAUGAUGUACGAAAGAUUUGGAUGCAAUACUUGAAAUAUCAAUGCCGGAGGACCGCCUCGUCACAAACAAUGAGCCGAGAACAGAAGACAUUUACAGAUCUUGUUAAUCGCUGUUUAAUCACCAUGGCAACCCAGGUGCAUCCUCCAUACUCGUCUACUUUUCUGUGGAGUGACUAUAGUUUCCAUAACAACGUAAUUAGUCUGUAUCUGAGUUGUGUGAAAGAGGACUGUUGGUCAGCUGUCUACGAGAGAUAUUUGAGAAUGAUGCCCGAUAAUGCCAUACUAGCAUUGAGGUGGUGCCAGUAUGAAAUAAGAGUUGGUAAUUUACAGGAAGCACAGAGGAUAUGCAGUGGAUGCAUUGAUGUUAUGCCAUGUUGCCUACCACUGUGGAAAGUAGCAAUACUAUUGGAACUCAAGCAAGCAAAUUAUAAAGAGGUUCAUCGGAUGUAUUGGAAAGCAACACAAGCCCUGCCUUUCGCUGCUACACUUUGGAAAGAUUUUAUUCUGUUUGAGGUUGCCUAUAGCAACAGACUGGAAGACAUUAAAGAAGUCAUUGAAGUUUGUCAAGAGAUUGGUAUCAAUAUUGAGGACUACGUUGCAACUCUCCUGAAAUAA